CGGUCCUUUAACUCACGUUAAAUUUAUUUUAGGCUGGGACUUAUCCAAACCCAGUGGGGGUCCUCGUGGUAGACAUUAUAUGCAGCAAAAAUGGGAGGAGUUAAUUGAUAUGCUCAAUAGUGAUGGCACUGGGGAUUCUCGAACAGAGGAAAAGUGGCGGAAGGUUGUUGGUGGAGAGGAUGUUAGCUUGUCAGGUGUACAAGUACCUGCUACAGAAACUGUAGACGAAUUGACUGUGGAUGAUGCUGCUUAUGAAUAUACACCAAUUCCUGAAGAUGAAUCGAAUACUCCAGGAACAAGCAGUCAACCCACAGUCGCUCCACCUCUUUCUCCUCCUACUCCGCCACCAGCACUUACACCACCACCAGGUCCAGUGCAAACCCAGUGGCAACCGCCGAAAAAAAAGAAGAAGCCUGAAGAUUUAGUUAUAAAAGUAUUUAAGGAGUGUGAGACGAAUGCUAGGGAGUAUGAAAAGGAGCGUGACCGAAUUGCACAAGAAUUAGAACGAGAGAGGAUUCGUCAGCGUGAUGUAGAGCUUCAGUUGCAAGCUCAGUGGUUAGAUUUUUUGAGAGAGGCGUUAAAGGUUUUAAAUUCUUAUUUAGAGAAAAGAAGUGAAUAGUGUCGGAUUUUUCAUUUUAUUUGUAUUAAGGGUU